AUGAAGGCCUUCGCGGAGGCAGGGCAGAAGGUGGUUGAGUCGAUGCGGUCCAACUCGCGAGAGAACACCACCGUGGUCACCACCAUCAGCGCCAAUGGUGCCACGUGGGCGCCAACCAUUAUCUUCAAAGGACAACGACUCCAGCCUGACUGGUUCGCCGAGAGGAACGGCCCGAAGGAUGCGAGGUACACGUGCACGGACUCAUCGUUCAUGCAGGGCGACGUGUUCAUCAUGUACCUCAAGGACUUUCACAAGCAGCUUGACGACCGAGGCGUGCUCGACGGAAAGCCGCACAUCCUCGUGCUCGAUGGGCAUGCCUCACACGUGAGCUACGAGUUCAUCAAAUUGGCCAUGGAUCUCAACAUCAUCCUCUUCAAGCUGCCCUCCCACACGUCGCACAUCACCCAGCCGUUGGACGUCGUCGCUUUCGGAACCUUCAAGAAGGAGGUGACUAAAGUGCUGCAAGACUACUACCACGCAAACGGCGGGUUGUUACCGCUGAAGCGUGACGUGCCCGGCGUGAUCGCGGCGGCUUGGCAAAAUAGCUUGACACCGGAGCGGAACAAAGCAUCCUUCGGCGGGGCGGGGCUGUGGCCUGUGGACAUGGAUCGAGCGCUGACCCGGCUUCAGGGCACGGCGAAGAGGAAAGAGGGGCCGACCGGGCGCCCACCCCUAGAGGAUGUCCCCAUCGCCAUGACCCACGAGCAGCUGGAAGAGGCCAUCGGAGAGAGGGGCCUGAGGCAGUUGAAGGCGGGAGGACAUACCAUUACCGGACUCAAGGUAGGCACGGUGAUGCUCGGCGGUCUCCUGACUCGGAGGAAGCGCGCCAAGAAACUGGCGACCUUGCGGGGCUCUUUGGGCCUUCCCGACGGAGGCAACAUCAACUCGGAAGAAUUCCUGGCAAAGGUUAGCUGGAAGAGGGGCCUCACCUGGCCGUGGUCAAGGAGCGGCUGCAGCACAAGGGGCGGCUUUGCCCGUUCGCCAGCCGGCACCCUCCUUGUCCCGGGUUGGACGGCAGCGGACGCCGAUACCCAUUGUCAGCGUGUAGCCGCCUAUGAGGCUCGCCUUGAUUUGUUUUCUACCACACUCAGAGUAGGACAAAACAAACUACAGAAGUCUUCAGUUUUACCAUGAGUCGAUACGUACCCUGUUGCACGUUGCUUGUUGAUAGUAGCGUAGGCAACGGUGGCGUUAUAGCAUGCCAAUGGGGCGGGGGGCGGCGGCGGGGGGCGUUGACCGAAAACCGGAGAUGUCGUGAUUCUGUCCCCGGGCGACCUCCUUUUUUUUGUUUGCGAUAAAAUGUUUCUCACUCAUGUCUGAAUGCUCCCUCCAAAUUUUAUGUCGUGGGGGUGUAUGAACAGUCCAGAAUAGACUAUCCAGGGUUAGUGGUGUACGGGGCUGAUUCUUGCCGUAGCGGCACGCAAAAUACCGAAAAUAUACCCAUUUUUGAACAAGUACUUAUUGACCGUAACAACUCCUUU